AUGUUUGCGCUACGAAAUCGAGCGCCGUUGCGCCCUCUGGGGUCGCUCAGGCGCAUGUUCUCAACUCUUCCAAACAAUGAAUUUAUUCGCGUCUUCAAGGAUCCGGCGUCUACGUCUAGUAUCCUGACCUACCUAGACAGUGAUCCUCCGUCAAAGCGCCUGGCCAUUGGCACGACUACGGAGCUACCACCGACGCCUCGGAGCUUCACCGAGAACAAGCAAUUUCUACAGAUUUUGGACCGGGUGCUUCGCGAAUACGGCCAUCUUGACGAUGAUGUUAUUUCCCAAGCCCGCACGCUCGCCAGUCCUCCCCAGUUCCAGUUCAGUCCUGGCGGCGGAAGCCCCCGGCGCAAAGGCGGCGCCCGUUCCGAGCCGCAAGGCGCCAGCGGGCAGGGCGGCGCCGGAGGAGCAGGUGUCGGGUCCUUUGUUCAUCUAGGCGACCGUAGACACCCGCCCGAGUUUGGUAGAAUCGCCUGGCCCGAGGAUAUACUGGGAAGUGUUGAGGUCGACAACACGGGUGAGGUCUCGGGCAAGCUGGAACCAAGCGGCACCUACCGUCCAGUGACAAAUGACGGCAUCCUGGGCUUAAGCCCUUUUAUCCGAGGGAAGUUGAUAGAGCGCCUGAAGUCGGAGGAAGCCAAGGAGAAGAGGCAGUGA